AUGUCUACUUACGAACCAGUUGUUGUUAUUGACGGUAAGGGCCACUUAUUAGGUCGUUUAGCUUCUAUUGUUGCUAAGCAAUUAUUAAACGGCCAAAAGGUUGUUGUCGUUAGAUGUGAAGCUUUAAACAUCUCUGGUGAAUUCUUCAGAAACAAGUUGAAGUACCACGACUACUUAAGAAAGGCUACCAGAUACAACAAGACCCACGGUCCAUUCCAUUUCAGAGCCCCAUCAAGAAUCUUUUACAAGGCUCUCAGAGGUAUGGUUUCCCACAAGACCCCAAGAGGUAAGGCUGCUUUAGAAAGACUUAAGGUUUUCGAAGGUGUCCCACCACCAUACGACAAGAAGAAGAGAGUUGUCGUUCCACAAGCUUUAAGAGUUUUAAGAUUAAAGCCAGGUAGAAAGUACACCACUGUCGGUAAGUUAUCUACCGCCGUCGGUUGGAAAUACGAAUCUGUUGUUGACAAGUUAGAAGAAAAGAGAAAGUUACAAUCUGCUGAAUACUACGCCAAGAAGAAGGCUUUAACCAAGAAGGUUGAACAAGCUAAGGCUUCCACUGCUGAAUCUGAUGUUGCUAAGCAAUUAGCCACUUUCGGUUACUAA